CUCAUACGGCCAACAACGCGAAAGUACCGUUGCUCUGCCACACUCGCUGGCACUUCAUUCGGUGACACGGUGUUGAGCGCAUCAUCUCGGCGUGCGCGUUCCCCCCAAAAACCUCCUUCGACGUUCAGUGAGCGUGCCUGCGUGCCGUGAAACGUGGAACUUAUAGUGCCCCGUGUGGACACAUCGACGUCGAAACCACAGCGGCCGAACAAAUCCCAUCAAGAUGGGUAUUAAAUUCUUGGAAGUUAUCAAGCCGUUCUGCAGUAUACUGCCAGAGAUCGCCAAACCCGAACGAAAGAUCCAAUUCAGAGAGAAAGUAUUAUGGACGGCGAUCACACUAUUUAUUUUCCUUGUUUGUUGUCAAAUUCCGUUGUUCGGUAUCAUGAGCUCAGACUCAGCCGAUCCGUUCUACUGGAUUCGUGUAAUUCUUGCGUCAAACAGAGGCACCCUCAUGGAGUUGGGUAUCUCGCCCAUCGUCACAUCCGGUCUGAUCAUGCAGCUCUUGGCUGGCGCCAAGAUUAUCGAAGUUGGUGACACUCCAAAGGACAGGGCUCUGUUCAAUGGUGCACAAAAAUUGUUUGGCAUGGUAAUCACCGUCGGCCAAGCAAUCGUCUACGUAAUGACCGGCAUGUACGGCGACCCAGCCGAAAUCGGUGCCGGCGUGUGUCUUCUCAUCAUUAUCCAGCUUUUCGUCGCCGGUUUAAUUGUACUUCUGCUCGACGAACUCUUGCAAAAGGGCUAUGGUCUCGGCUCUGGUAUCUCGCUCUUCAUUGCGACCAACAUCUGCGAAACCAUCAUCUGGAAGGCAUUCUCUCCCGCCACGGUUAACACCGGCCGCGGUACUGAAUUCGAAGGCGCCGUCAUCGCUCUCUUCCACUUGAUCGCCACACGUCAAGACAAAGUCCGCGCUCUGCGUGAGGCCUUCUACCGCCAGAACCUUCCCAAUCUGAUGAACCUGCUCGCUACCAUCCUUGUCUUUGCCAUAGUCAUAUAUUUCCAGGGCUUCCGUGUCGACCUACCCAUCAAGAGCGCGCGUUAUCGCGGUCAGUACUCCAGCUACCCAAUCAAACUCUUCUACACAUCAAACAUCCCUAUUAUUCUGCAAUCCGCGCUUGUUUCUAACCUUUACGUCAUUUCACAAAUGUUGGCGGUUAAAUUUCAUGGCAACUUUUUAAUUAACUUGCUUGGCGUGUGGGCUGAUGUUGGCGGUGGUGGCCCAGCACGUUCAUAUCCAAUUGGAGGGUUGUGCUACUACCUCAGUCCGCCUGAAAGCGUCGGACACAUCCUGGAAGACCCCGUGCAUGCGUUCUUGUACAUCGUCUUCAUGCUGGGUUCCUGCGCGUUCUUCUCAAAGACGUGGAUUGAAGUAUCUGGAUCCUCCGCUAAGGAUGUUGCCAAGCAGCUGAAGGAACAGCAGAUGGUGAUGCGUGGUCAUCGUGAUAACUCAAUGAUCCACGAGUUGAACCGUUACAUCCCGACGGCAGCUGCUUUCGGUGGUCUGUGUAUCGGCGCGUUGUCAGUGAUGGCUGACUUUAUGGGCGCGAUCGGUUCCGGCACGGGUAUCCUGCUCGCCGUGACGAUCAUCUACCAGUACUUCGAGAUCUUCGUCAAGGAGCAGAGCGAGAUGGGCAGCAUGGGUGCGCUGCUCUUCUAAGUUACGCAAAUGAUUUUUGUUAAUUAUUUAUAUAUAAAAUAUAAAAAAUACUGUGCCCUUGCGAUGCGAGGAGAGGCAGACAAAAAUAUUGAUUACUAAAAAAACAUUUGAAAUUUCACUACAGAAACAAAAUCAUUGGAAAGAAGGACCGUUUGUUGAGUAAAUUAGUACUAUUGAGGUAAUCAAUAUUUUUUAUACUAAACGAAUGAAAGGCUGACUAUUUUCACUCACUUUGAUGAAAUAAAAUAGUCUUUUUUGUACUUGAUAAGACAAACUUAAAAUAUUAAACAAAUUUACUAUGACAAUUGCUGCGAUUGCAAACCGAGAACUGCGAAGCAAUGAUAUUUAUGAGUAACUUGGAAGGGAGAGUGUGUGUGUGUGAGUUCAUCUCUUUGUAAUAAUUGUAAUAAUUUAUGUAGUAACAUGUCGUUCGACUUUUCGAUUGUUUGCGAUGAGUUUUAGUUUGUUUUCUUUCAUUUCAUUACAUUCAGCUUGCGAGAACGAACGGGUGCAAUAAAGUGAGAACUCUAUAUUCGUAAA